CUGCCACCUAGCUUGUUUGAGAAGGAUUUUAUUGACAGCUACAAAUUACAACACAUCUCUUGGUGGAAAGGAAUUAAACAUUUGUGAUGAUUCUCUCCAUGUUGCUGGUUUUUCUCUCUCUCAUUCACAGUGCUUUGCAGCUACUGGAUAAUGAAAUAUUUUUAAUAUAUAAUAAAGACCUCAAGCGCUGUGUACAAGCUCAGAGUUCUAACUCCAUCACAACUGCCACUUGCAACCAGGACACUGAGUCACAAAAAUUCAGGUGGGUCUCUGAUCACCAACUUAUGAGUGUAGCAUUGACGCUAUGCUUGGGAGUGCCUUCAAAGAAAGACCAAGUGAUGAUCACUCUGUAUCCUUGUAACAAGACAAGUGAACUCCAACACUGGGAAUGCAGAAAUGAAACCCUUCUUGCAAUCCAAGGAGAAGAUUUCUUUUUUAACUCUGGCAACAGAGAAGAAGGAAAUGUUAUGCUGCAGAAGGAAUCAAGUGUGAGGAGUAAGUGGAAGAUCUAUGGAACCACAGAUGAUUUGUGCUCUCAGGGCUAUGAAGAUUUGUUUACAUUGCUAGGAAAUGCCAAUGGGGCACCCUGUGUAUUCCCUUUCAAGCUGAGUGGUAAAUGGUACGCUGAGUGUACAGAUGCUGCCAGGUCCGAUGGCUUGCUCUGGUGUGGAACAACAGCAGACUUUGACACAGACCAAUUGUAUGGAUUUUGCCCGUUAAAAUAUAAUGAAACUCACAGAUUUUGGACUACAGACCCUUUGACAGGCACCCACUACCAGAUAAACUCCCAAUCAGCUCUAACAUGGCACCAAGCAAGGAAAAGCUGCCAGCAACAGAAUGCAGAAUUAUUAAGCAUCACAGAGAUACAUGAGCAAAUGUAUCUGAGAGAUUUGAUUGACAGGAUGAGAUCUGCUCUGUGGAUUGGACUUAACAGUCUGAAUUUCAACUAUGGAUGGCAAUGGAGUGGCGGCAGUCCUUUCAGAUAUUUAAAUUGGGAUCUAGGAAAUCCUUCCCUGGAACCUGAGAAAAUCUGUGCAGUACUAAAUCCUAGAAAAGGUGCUAAAUGGGAAAACCGUGAAUGUGAUCAGAAAGUUGGCUAUAUUUGUAAAAAGGAAAACUCCACUUUGGAUUCUUUCUCUCUUCCCUCAGAGCUCUCUGCAUCUAGUAAAUGCCCAGAGGACUGGUUGCCAUACACAGGUCACUGUUACAUGAUUCACAGAGAGCCCAAAGUGUGGAAAGAAGCCUUGGCUUCCUGUAGAAAGGAGGAUGGUGAUCUGGCCAGUAUCCACAACAUUGAAGAGCACAACUUUAUAGUGUCUCAGCUUGGGUACAAGCCAAUUGAUGAGCUGUGGAUUGGUUUGAAUGACCUCAGGAUUCAAAUGUAUUUUGAAUGGAGUGAUAAGAUGCCUGUGACAUACACAAAGUGGCUCCAUGGAGAACCAACCACUGCAAACAGCAGACAAGAAGAUUGUGUUGUUAUGAAAGGACAGGAUGGAUACUGGGCAGACAGUGUUUGUGGUAAGAAAUUUGGAUACAUUUGCAAAAAGAGUUCAUUGCAAGACACUCCUGGAACAGUGAAACACAUUGAUCCUGGCUGCCAGAAGGGCUGGGAAAGACAUGGUUUUUACUGUUACUUGAUUGGACAUACAUUUGUAACAUUUUCAGAGGCACAGAAAACCUGUGAAAGGAGUAAAGGUUAUCUAACAACUGUUGGAGACAGAUAUGAGCAAGCCUAUCUAACUAGUUUGAUUGGGCUGAGGCCUGAAAAAUAUUUUUGGAUCGGUCUUUCAGAUGUAGAGAAACAAGGCACUUUCAAGUGGACCGAUGGUGAAGAAGUUCUAUUCACUCACUGGAAUUCAGCAAUGCCUGGAAGAAAGCCAGGGUGUGUAGCAAUGAGAACUGGAAGUGCAGCUGGACUAUGGCAUGUUCAGGACUGUGAAGAAAAGGCAAAAUUUCUCUGCAAACAACCAGCUGAAGCAAUGACCCUUCAUCCUCCUGUUCCAGAAGAAAAAUCUUACUCCAAAUGCCCCAUGGGUUGGGAUUCAAACAGUAAUAUCAGUUCAUGCUUCAAACCUUUUGUGAGAGAAGGAAACCAAAAGAAAACAUGGCUUGAAGCUCAAGAUUUUUGUAGAGAGAUAGGAGGAGAUCUGGCUGCCAUCAAUAGUGAAGAAGAACAACAAGUGAUACAGCGUUCAAUAGUGGACAAAGAACUGUCAUUUCGGCCUUUCUGGAUUGGUUUAUUUUGUCUGGAUCCUGAUGAGGGCUUUUUUUGGAGCGAUGGCUCUCCAAUGAGGUACAAAAACUGGUAUAAUGCUGAACCAAAUAAUGAGCAUGGAAUUGAAUAUUGUGGAACAGUCAAUGAAGAGUUUUCCAUGAACUGGAUUAACACACACUGUGAACAUUUUAAUGAUUGGAUUUGUCAAAUAGAGAAAGGAACACCACUUAAACCAGAACAAACAAGCUCUUCUGCCAAGUAUGAAGUCACUGAAGAUGGAUGGAUUAUAUAUGGGGGCAAGCAGUAUUUUUUCAGCACAGAAAGUGUCCCCUUGGAAAAAGCUAGGGAGUUCUGCAAGAAGAAUUUUGGAGACCUUGUUGUCAUUCAGAGCAACAGUGAAAGAAAGUUUCUAUGGAAAUACAUUUUAAGAAAUGGCCAAAAGGAGUCAUAUUUCAUUGGUUUAAUUCUGAGUGUCGAUCAACAGUUUACCUGGAUGGAUGGAAGCCCAGUGCACUACGUAGCUUGGGCAAAGAAUGAGCCAAACUAUGCAAAUGCUGAAGAAAAUUGUGUGGUCAUGUAUAAAAACUUCGGUUUGUGGAAUGAUAUCAACUGUGGUAAUCCAAAUGCCUUUAUCUGUGAAAGGCAUAGCAGUAGUACCGUAAACUCAACAUUUGCUGUGACAGCACCUUCUCCACCAGGAGGGUGUCCUGAAAGUUGGCUUUUGUUUAGAAAUAAGUGUUACAAAAUGUUUGGCUCCAGAGAUGAAGAUAGAGUUAUGUGGAUUCCUGCACAUAGAACAUGUAUAAAUUUUGGAGGAAACCUGGCUAGCAUACCUAAUGAACAAGUGCAAGCUUUCCUCACUUACCACUUAAAAGAUGCCAAAACUGAUACCUGGAUUGGAUUGAAUGAUAUAAAUUCUGAGCUCAACUUUGUUUGGGCAGAUGGAAGUGGUGUCUACUACACCAACUGGAUUGCAGGUUCACCUGUAGUUGGAGAAAUAACCUUAUACGAUUCUCUGCAGCCAGAGACUGGCAACAAUCUGCUUCAGCUGGAUUGUGUUGUUGUGAAAACAAGUCCUGUUGAUAAGAUAGGGCAAUGGAAGGAUGAACCCUGUUAUGAAGCCAGAGGAUUUAUAUGCCAGAUGGACAGUGACCCUAAACUGUCUCAUUCCCCAACAACGAUUCCUGCCUCUGACUUUACUCGUUGUGGUGAUAGUAGCUAUUUAGUCAUCCGUUCCAAAAUGAAAUGGGAAGAGGCGCGAAAAAACUGCCAGGAGAAAUCCUCAGAACUUGCCAGUAUUUUAGAUCCCUACAGCCAAUCAUUUCUGUGGCUCCAGGUGUUAGAAUAUGGAGAGCCUCUAUGGAUUGGUCUUAACAGCAAUGUGACCAAUGGCAAUUACAAAUGGAUUGAUAAAUGGAGAAUGGGGUAUUCUAAGUGGGCCAGUGACGAGCCAAAGCAGAGAGUAGCUUGCGUCUAUCUAGACCUUGAUGGAACCUGGAAGACAGCAUCUUGUGAUCAAAAAUACUUCUCUGUCUGUAAACAGUCUGAUGUUAUGGCCCCUACUGAUUCUCCACAACUCUUUGGAAGAUGCCCUGAAUCAGAGGAACACAGAUCUUGGGUUCAUUUCCGCAGUCAUUGCUACUACAUCGAGUCCUCGUAUACAAGAAACUGGGCCCAGGCUUCCCGAGAAUGCACUCGAUUAGAUGCUACUUUGGCUUCUGUAGAAGAUCAUGCUGAAUCCAUCUUUCUGUCACAUAGCAUAAAGCCACUUGAAAGUAAAAUAACAAGCUUUUGGAUAGGAAUGAGCAAAGAUGUGAAUGGUCAGUGGUUAUGGAGAGACAACACUGCAGUGGAUUUUGUCAACUGGAAUGAGGAAGAGCCUUCAAGUUACGGUAAUGAGAAGUGUGUCGAAAUGUAUGCAUCAUCUGGGCACUGGAAUGAUGCUCAAUGUUCCUACAAAAGAGGAUAUAUUUGUAAAAAAUCAGAAAGUAUUAAAACAGUAUUGACUGAGGAGCCACCAGAGAGGAAAGGAGAGAAAAAGGAUGACGAGGUUUCUGGAUUACCCACCAACAUCACUUGGCUUGUAAUUAUUCUGGUCAUUCUGAUUCUAUCAGGAUCUGGAUGUGCAGCCUAUUUCUAUGUCAAGAAAAAAAAACAAGACAACUUCUUACCUACUGGAACUCGAAUGAGUGAUACAAAAGAAUCUGCUGAUAACCAGGAGCAAGAUGAGCAUGCUGUUGCCUAGUGGGAUAAAAUGAUUGAAUAAUAUGUCUAAUAUUAAUAAAAUUAUGCAAUUGGAAUAAAUGAAUCUUAGGCCAACAUUGCUUUCUCUUACCAAAUAGUAAGUAGUCUGUUUCACAGUCUCUGCAUGUAU